AUGGACGAGGGGGUGGAUAUUUACAAAGCCAACUUCUCCGUGAUAUCGGCAAUCUUACAUCAGUUAUUCGAUAGCAACAAUGUGUCCAUCUCGGUCGAGGAUCUAAGCCAUGAACAGAUAUGGGGCCUCCUACAGUUAGCUGGCUACAUACCCGAGCCCCAACAUACCUUCAAUCAGGAGGACCUAAUUCAGUACAAGGAGUACCGAAUUCAUACCACAAUGGCGAUAUACAUGCCACCAGUGUUACUCUUUCUUGGAACUGUUGGAAAUGUUCUAUCAUUUUUGAUUCUCCGGCACAAAACUAUGACCCGAAUGUCUACAAAUACAUUCCUGGCUGCUCUGUCUAUUGCUGAUUCGUUUGUUUUGCUAAAUGGUUUAUUCCUGAAGUGGCUAGGGGAGAUCACUCACGUUGAUUUACAAACGGAAUCCCGAUUGUUGUGUAAACUGAUAGCGGUACUUGGCUAUAGUACGAGUCAAUAUUCCGUUUGGUUGAUAGUCGCGGUUACGAUAGAGCGUUACAUAGUGGUUUGUCAUCCACUGAGAGCGUCAUACUUCUGUAAUAUUCCCAGAGCCAGGAAAGUCGUGUGUUUAUUAGCAUUGCUUUUCCUAACCAUAAACAUACAUUUAUUAUGGACAGUGGAUUUGAAUGAAGAAAUUUACAACAACAAAAUUGUUUAUAAGUGUGAAGGUGCCUUAUCGCACAAGCUGCUAGUGGAUGUGAUAUGGCCUUGGAUAGAUGCCUUGUUUUAUUCCUUCUCGCCUACACUAAUAAUCGUUAUGUUAAAUAUUAUGAUAAUUCGGCAGGUUAUAAAAGCGACAUACGGUCGGGAUGUACUACAAAAUGGCUCCCUGAUGAAAGCUGAGAGCCGUCGUUGUACGAAAGAUAGUAACACUAAACUAACAGUGAUGUUGUUAACCAUAUCGUUCACGUUUUUACUCACUACGUUACCCAUGAACAUCGUCAUGAUUGUGACUCGUGUCUGGCAGGAUGACUUCAAAAAUGACGCCGCCAUAUUGGCCAAGUGCUUGUUAGUCAGAACAAUAGCUGAGUUGCUCAUGUAUUUAAACCAUUCCAUGAAUUUCUUUCUGUAUUGUGCCACUGGUCAAAAGUUCCGUAACAUUGUAUAUAGGAUGGUGUGCCAGCGGUCAGGCUCAAAUACGUCCAACGUUUCAGACCACAGUCAACACCUUUAUUGCUCAAGGACAAACGUAAAUGCAUGCAGUCAUAAAACCACUAACGAAACUGCUAUAUAGGCUGUUAUAGGGUGUGCAUGUGUAGGCUGUUAUAGGGUUACAUGUUAAGGCUGUUAUAGUAUGUACAUGUAUAGGCUGUUAUAGAGUGUACAUGUAUAGGCUGUGAUAAUAUGUACUUGUUAAGGCUGUUAUAGUAUGUACAUGUAUAGGCUGUUAUAGAGUGUAAAUGUAUAGGAUGUUAUAGGGUGUACAUGCAUAGGCUGCUAAAGGCUGUAUAUAUAAAGGCUUACAUAUUGUGUUUAUGUUACCAGAUAGUGGUUGUAGGCUGUCAUUUUGGUUAUAGGUUUUAAUACAGGUGAAAUAUUUAAAACGUGAU